GAAGUGGACCUAAAUCAUACAUCUAAUGUCACGUGUUCAUAUUUAUGUAUUUAUGUAUACUGAAUCAAUAUUCGCGAGACCUUUUCGCACUUAAAAUAUGAGUAGCAAAAAGCAUAAAAAGUACACUUGGUCAGAAGAAAGUAUUGCAAAGACACGUAAAACUCUUAAAGAAAGGCUUUCUGGUCAUGCGAUACCGCAAACGCUUGUUGGCUUAGAGAAAAAUAGCAAAGAUUUAUACGAGUUGUUAAAUAGAACUGUGGCUUUUGGUGAAAGUAAUACCUGUAUACUUAUUGGCCCGUCUGGUUGCGGGAAAACUGCUCUUGUAAAUAAGGUUAUACAAGAAUUAUCUGAAAAAUAUGAUGAUGAUUUUUGUACCGUGUAUUUAAAUGGGCUAUUCCAAACUAAUGAUACGAUAGCACGUAAGCAACUUGCUCGUCAGCUAGGAAUACAAAUUAGACAAGAUCAAACGGACCUUGAAGUGUUUGAUCUGUUUAAGUCAGGAAAUGAAGCAACGAAGCCUAUAGUUAUUAUAAUUUAUAAUUUCGACGAAUUUGUAAAGAAUUGUACUAAACCAUUUGUAUAUAAUUUCUUUAAUAUAACCACGAGCAAGAAUUGUCCUAUGGCGUUAAUUGGAAUUACUCGUAAAUUAAGUAUAUUUACUGAUCUUCCUAGUAACAUUUUAUCACGAAAUUCGUAUUCUCAUAUUAAUGUUGAACGACCAUAUACGAUUACAAUUUUUACUAAACUUGCUAAAAGUAUUUUGACCGUAGAUAAUUCCAUCACAAAUGAUAAGGAAUAUUGUAAGAUGUUUAACAAAAAAAUUCAGGAGCUGUUUGAAAAUAAGUCUUUUAAAAAUAUUAUUGAAAGGAUAUUCAAUAAUUCAACAGACAUCGUUAGAACUUUUCAUAAAAUAAGCUUUGAACCCGUUGGUAAAAUGAAUAUUGAACAACCUUUUCUUAUACCGAGUGACUUCAUUGAAGUAGAUGAACCUCAACUGUGGAUUUUACUCGCAAUAUAUUCACUAAGCGGACGUGAUUGUAAUGUAUUUAAUUUCGCAAUGGUUUAUAACGAAUAUACUAAUUAUAUAAAGUCUUAUAUAAAAGAAUCUGGUAGUAGAUUUAAACAAAAGUUGAUUAAAGAACAUUUAUUAAGAGCAGAAUUUGAAUUUUUAGAACAAAGGGCUAUAAUCAGAAAAGCUGACAGUAAAGAUUUACCAAAAGAUUUUAGAAUGAUGAGAUUAACAAUUUUACCCGAACAAAUAAUUGAUGUAGUUUCAAAUAAUAAUAGGUUACCAAGUCUUAUGAGACAAUGGAUCUCAUAAUGUAAAUUUGUUAAUUAAAUAAAAGAAUUAUAAUUGAUCACUACUAUUUUAGUAUUGUAUUUA